AUAUUUGCGUCCAUCACGCUUUUGCUGCAUUGUAUUGGAAAAAGAUUCGGCUUUUCAGUGAGGGAUGAGUCCGUUGCAUGAGCAAAAGCAUCCCAUUAACGACAAGCCAAUUCUGAGGGCUGCUGACCAAGCUUUCUUUGUCCCUUGUGUUGCCAGUCCAGUUCUGCACAAAAUACACGACGAAGAAGACGAUAUGGACACAUUUCCUUUUUUCUUUUAUUUUCCUUAGAAAAUAUGGACACAGAAAAACAAGGGGGAGAUUAGUGUCCAUGUUUUACAUCAAGGGUGUAUGUCUCGAACUGACGAGUGGCGGCUUAAGUAGUGGAAAAAACAACAGGAUAGAUAAAGGAUUCCUCCAUUGAAGUUCUUCUUUCUUGUUCAGCUCGUAGAGGGAGCGAAGAAGAAAGCUGAAAUUCAGAAAAAUAGAGACAUCAUAAAGGAAUCUUCGAAUUUAGUUUGAGCAUCUGAAAAUGGGUCUGAAAGCAUUAGAUUACGAGUCUAUAAAUGAGAACAUGAAGAAGGUGCAAUAUGCGGUUAGAGGAGAAUUGUAUCUUCGAGCCUCCGAGCUUGCGAAAGAAGGAAAAAAGAUUAUCUUUACGAAUGUUGGGAACCCUCACGCUCUUGGCCAAAAACCUUUGACCUUUCCUCGUCAGGUAAUUGCUCUUUGCCAAGCCCCAUUUCUUCUAGAUGAUCCUAAUGUAGGACAAUUAUUUCCUCCUGAUGCAAUUGCCAGGGCCAAACAUUAUCUUUCAAUGAUUGGGGGUGGUUUAGGUGCUUACAGUGAUUCCCGAGGAAAUCCAGGAGUAAGAAAGGAGGUGGCAGAGUUCAUAGAAAGGCGUGAUGGCUAUCCAAGUGAUCCAGAACUGAUAUAUCUCACAGAUGGGGCCAGCAAAGGUGUGAUGCAAAUACUGAAUACUAUAAUCCGUGGUGAAGGUGAUGGGAUUCUCGUUCCAGUCCCUCAAUAUCCACUUUACUCUGCAACAAUUGCUCUGUUUGGUGGUUCCUUGGUUCCAUAUUAUUUAAAUGAGAGCUCCAACUGGGGACUUGAUGUCAAUGAUCUUCGCCAGUCCGUUGCACAAGCCCGCUCUCAAGGAAUUUCGGUUAGAGCAAUGGUAAUCAUAAACCCUGGUAAUCCAACUGGUCAAUGCCUUAGUGAAGCAAAUUUAAGAGAAGUUUUGAACUUCUGUUUUCAAGAAAAUCUAGCACUACUUGGUGAUGAAGUUUAUCAGCAAAACAUCUAUCAGGAUGAACGACCCUUCAUUAGUUCUAAAAAGGUACUAAUGGAUAUGGGGCCUCCAAUCAGCAAGGAACUUCAGCUCAUAUCUUUCCACACUGUGUCAAAGGGAUAUUGGGGCGAAUGCGGACAACGUGGUGGAUACUUUGAAAUGACUAACAUUCCUCCUCAGACAGUGGAUGAGAUUUACAAGAUUGCAUCAAUAUCUCUCAGUCCGAAUGUUCCUGCACAAGUAUUUAUGGGACUUAUGGUCAAUCCACCCAAACCUGGAGAUGCAUCCUAUGAGCAAUAUCAUCAUGAAAGCAAAGGGAUCCUUGACUCACUGAGGAGAAGGGCAAGGAUAAUGACAGAUGGUUUUAACAGCUGCAAAAAUGUAGUCUGCAACUUCACUGAAGGUGCCAUGUAUUCAUUCCCUCAAAUCCAAUUGCCUCCUAAAGCAAUAGAGAUAGCAAAAGAAGCAGGAAAAGAAGCCGAUGUUUUCUACUGUCUUAAGCUUUUGGAAGCUACUGGAAUUUCGACAGUCCCCGGCUCGGGAUUUGGACAGAAAGAAGGGGUCUUCCAUUUGCGAACAACCAUAUUGCCGGCAGAGGAGGAGAUGCCGGCGAUCAUGGCUAGUUUUAAAAAGUUCAAUGAUGAGUUCAUGGAGCAAUAUGCAUAGAGGAACAUUGUCUAACGCUAUAUCGCACUUAUAAAGAUGGUAUCUGUUUCUGCAAACCUAGCUAUAUCUCCUGGUUUCCUUCAAUAAAAUUUGCUCGUUUGUGUAAUCUAAGAUGUAUAUGUUUUGUAAACUUUGCCUAAGCUUCUUUUAGAAACAUUGCCUAACGCUAUGGCUUAUGAAGUGUAUGCAAGAGAUAAGAUUGGACCUUCAUCGUCUUUUCCCUCU